AUGGCCGCCACUGCGAAACCAUGGCACUCGCCAGCCCCAGCGGCAACCCCCUGCAGGCUGAUGACUGAGUUAAGAGGAGACGACUCUCACAACCACACACACCGACCGCCGCAGGCCGGCAUACCGCAAGCAGGUACCCUGCCGCCCGACGCCACGCCGACCAGCGAGAAGAACCGACUCACGCCCGCUGCCGCCGAGCCGCCGAACGUCGAUGCCUUGGAGGGGGGCGCCCUGCCAUCGAUGCAGGACACGACACCACCGCAAGAACCCAGACUUGGCCCAGCCAAACCCGCCCCAGGCCUGCAGGCCCAGAUCAGGCCCGAGCCGGCGCGCCGCCGGCAGAAAAAGGCCUCCGUCGACGCAUCCCCCGCCGAUGCGCCGCCCCGGAGGCCACCAAGCUCGCCAAGGAAGCUCCGCCGAGUCUCGCUGCGCCGCUGGUUAGAGGAGCGGAGAAGCUCGUCGCCACCAGAUGCGACCGCCCCGCGAGGCCGCCCUAGCGCGCGAGAAGAGGAGAUCCCGCCGCCGCCGGCACCGUCCGAGCUUUGCCCGGCGGCUCCCGCCGGUGGCGGCAGGGGAGGGGAGGAGGGUGGCGGCUGUUGGACGGGCUAG